CCAACUUCUCACCGCCUACCGCUCUCGGUGUCGCCGCUUUAUCGCCGCAAAACUUCCCCGACGAGCUGCCUUGAUCUAUCGUCAUUCAUCUGUCAACUAUCAAAUUCCACAACGUCCUUAAUUAAUCCCCCAUCUUCCUCUAGCCUCCUACACCCAACUUACGCAAAUUACCUCCACCAUGUCAGGCAACCCCUCCGCGCCGUCGGACACGGCCUUCCGCAAAACCUGGGACCGCGAAGAAUACGCCAAAAAAGCCGCCGACGACGAAGCCAAACGCAAAGAAGAAUCCAAAGCGCGCUACGAGGCCAAACUGCUCGGCAAGAAAUGGCACGCCCCGGUCGACUACAGCUCUCUUGAAGCGACGACGUCGCGGAAGCAGCGUCUCGAUGUCGCGUCCAUGGUGGGCAAGACCACCAUGGUGUCGUCGGCAAACGCGAUCGGCAAACGCGGCCGCGGGGCGGGAUUCUACUGCUCGGACUGCGAUCUUACCUUCAAAGACAAUCUGCAGCUGGUGGAGCAUUUGAACAGCAAGCAGCAUUUGAUCGCGACGGGGCAGAGUGGCGAGGUGACGAGGGCGACGGUGGAAGAUGUGCGGGAGCGGUUGAGGAUGCUGGCGUAUCAGAAGCGAGUCAGGGAGGAAGAGGAGCGGCGCGCGUGGCAACUGGAUCUGGGUACUAGGUUGAAGGAGCGGGAGGAACAGGAUGCGAAAGAGCGCGAGGAGAAGAGGCGGAAGAGGAACGAGAAGCGGCGGAAGGGUGGAGAGAAUGGGAUCAAGCAGGAAGAGGAUAGUUGGGAAGGUCGUCUGGGAAUCAUCGCAUAGUUGGAGACUUGCUUGGAGAUGCUCUCGUUGCCUGUGGUGAGCAUACAUUGGUGUCAUGAUCGAUAAACAGUUGCAGUAUACCCAUGGCGUUUGGCUUUGCGUUGAUAUAUCUUUUAUGGGACCGGGAUUGGGUGUAAACAUUCAAGUGAUAUGAAAUAAAAAGUUGCAUAUAAUG